GGGCGCGCUGCGCGGGCGAUCGCGCUGAUGGCGGCGCUGGCAGCGCUGGCAGCGCUGGCUAAGAAGGUGUGGAGCGUGCGGCGGCCGCUGGUGCUGCUGCUGGCGCCGCUCGCACUGCUGCCGGUGGUCUUCGCGCUCCCGCCCAAGGAAGGCCGCUGCCUGUAUGUCAUCCUGCUCAUGGCCGUGUACUGGUGCACGGAGGCCCUGCCCCUGUCGGUGACAGCGCUGCUACCCAUCAUCCUGUUUCCCUUCAUGGGCAUCCUGCCCUCCCACAAGGUCUGCCCCCAGUACUUCCUCGACACCAACUUCCUCUUCCUCAGCGGCCUGAUCAUGGCCACCGCCAUCGAGGAGUGGAACCUGCACCGCAGAAUCGCUCUCAAGAUCCUGAUGUUAGUGGGGGUCCAACCAGCCAGGCUUAUCCUGGGAAUGAUGGUGACCACCUCAUUCCUGUCUAUGUGGCUGAGCAACACGGCCUCCACCGCCAUGAUGCUGCCCAUCGCCAACGCUAUCCUCAAGAGUCUCUUUGGCAACAGGGAGGCACCAAAGGACCCCGGCCAGGAGAGUGGGGAGAACACAGUGGCGGUGCGGAGAAACGGCCUGCACACCGUGCCCACAGAAAUGCAAUUUCUUGCCAGCACCGAAGACAAGGAUCGGCCGGAAGAGACAGAGGCCCCGCUGGAGCUGCCAGCUGACACCAAGAGGGAGGAGGAGUACCGCAGAAACAUCUGGAAAGGUUUUCUCAUCUCCAUCCCCUACUCAGCCAGCAUCGGAGGCACCACCACCCUCACCGGCACUGCCCCCAACCUCAUCCUGCUUGGCCAGCUCAAGAGUUUCUUUCCACAGUGCGACGUGGUGAACUUUGGCUCCUGGUUCAUCUUCGCCUUCCCUCUCAUGCUGCUGUUCCUGCUGCUCGGCUGGCUCUGGAUCUCCUUCCUGUAUGGGGGACUGAGCUUCAGGAGCUGCAGGAAGAAAUCCGACAUAAGGGCUGAUGCCGAGGAUAAGGCUCGAGCUGUGAUCCGGGAAGAAUUCCAGAACCUGGGACCCAUCAAGUUUGCUGAGCAGGCUGUCUUCACGCUGUUCUGCAUGUUCGCCAUUCUCCUCUUCUCCCGGGACCCGAAGUUCAUCCCCGGCUGGGCCAGCUUCUUCACGCCCGGGUUUCUUUCGGACGCUGUCACUGGUGUGGCCAUUGUCACCAUCUUGUUCUUCUUCCCGUCCCAAAAGCCCUCCCUCAAGUGGUGGUUUGACUUCAAAGCUCCCAACACGGAGAUGGAGCCGCUGCUGACCUGGAAGAAGGCGCAGGAGACCGUGCCCUGGAACAUCAUCCUACUGCUGGGUGGCGGCUUCGCCAUGGCCAAAGGCUGCGAGGAGUCGGGGUUGUCGGUGUGGAUUGGGGGGCAGCUGCACCCCCUGGAGAACGUGCCCCCCGUCCUGGCUGUACUUCUCGUCACCGUGGUCAUCGCCUUCUUCACCGAGUUCGCCAGUAACACGGCCACCAUCAUCAUCUUCCUGCCUGUCCUGGCAGAGCUGGCCAUCCGCCUGCAAGUGCACCCGCUCUACCUCAUGAUCCCGGGCACGGUGGGCUGCUCGUAUGCCUUCAUGCUCCCGGUCUCCACGCCCCCCAACUCUAUCGCCUUCUCCUCCGGACACCUGUUGGUCAAGGACAUGGUGAGUGUGGGCAUGGCUGGCAUCAGCCUGGAGGGGCCAAUGGGCACUGGGUUGGGGGCCUCUUCCCGGUGGGCCCCCAGCAUCCUCAGCCUUUCCCCAGUUCUGCCAACAUACAGGGAUAAUUCUGAUCAAGUUGUAGAAAUUCUGACUUUGCCAAGUGGCCGCGGGGCCAACAGCCUCCCCAGUCUCUGAGUCCUAAUCCUUUCUCUUCCUGCUUAGUUGGUUAACUGCUCCUUAUCCAGGAAUUCAAGACAAAGGAGCAGCAGGGACAUCUGGCCACUGCCAGGUCCCAGCAGGGUGAGCAAGGCCAGGUAUCCCCUCUCCUGACCCUGCUUGCUAGGGGUUCCUCCAGCCAGCCUCUUCCUGCCUCACUGGUCACUUAAGGAGAAUCGUUCAGAGGACGCUUGGGGAACAAAUGCCUAGAACUCCCCUUCGAGACAGCAGGUGCCAUGAGAAGGGUGCCGGCUGUGCCAAGUCCCAUAGGGGCACGAGAACCCAGCAGGAUAGAUGGCGGCAAAGAGCAAGAACGAGAGAAGGGGAGAGAGAGGCGCUCAGGGUAGUCAGAGGGGGCGAGGACAAAGCAGCCGACACUGGCUCAUUCACUCCUAUGUUCCCUGUGUGCCCCCUGUCCCAGCACAAGGAAGACAGCAGCUGGGAGGGCGAGAGGGGCGCCCUCUGCUGCCGGAAACAAAUAGUGAGCAAGUUGUGCCGCCUUUACAAAGUAGUGUUAACUUCAGCCUACCAAGGGCUAAGCAGAAAAGAAAACCUGGAGAAGUGGAAGCAGAGGACAGCAUGGGGGCCCUGGAGGUGUGGUGGGCACCCACCCACAAGGUUUGUGCCUUUAAUAAGACAAAUGAG